AUGUCCUCGAGCACUUGUGACGUGGAUUCGACGAAUGCGCUUUUGAACGAAUCAUCGCUUCUCGUCGAAAUCACCAGAGAAAACGCGGAGGAGUAUGAGAAGAAUGUGAAGAAUGAGGUACCACGGAAGAGAUUUUCUUCUGGUUAACCGCUUUUACCUUCAGAUUAACAAACUGCGUACCGAAUUUCAACUUCUUGAAUGGGAAAAUGAACAUUUGCGACGAGAGGAUCAGGGAACGGGCAGACGAGAACGGCAGAACAGCAUUGUGGUGGGUAAGCUUCGAAUGCACUUACAUUUAAUAGGCAAUGUCUGAGAAGUUCAAAAACUGCAGGUGUCACUAAAAAAUUCAGAAUGCUUCAAUUUGUCCCAUAUUAUACCCAAUGGGUACUUACAUAACAGUGAUACAUCAGACAAGUUUUGGUCCGGCUCCGUGGUCCCUAGUCCGAUCGCAGUACCAAAAUAGGUCAAAACUGUAACUAAUUUCAAAAAAAUGAUAGCGACUCAGACUCAACGCCAUUCGAUUUCUCGCAUCUUUUUGAGUAUAUUUCACGUUGGGACCAAAAAUUAAGCACCCCUCCUUCAUGGAGAAAAAAGUUGGUUUGUGACAUUUUUCAGAAAAUUUUUCAGUUUUCUGCUCGUCCUGAAAAAUUUUCACACUACAUAGCCAUGAUUUUAUUGCUGAUUCUGAAUCUAGACAUUAUUGUGCUUCUGCAAAAAAAAAUUAACCCCGAUCCCGAUUGACAUCAAGCGGUUUUUAGGCCGAAAUUCACAAAAUUUAGAGUACUUUUGCAUGGAAAAAUGUUCGCGAACUUGAGAAAAGUGCGUUUUCUCAAUUUUCAAAGGGGUCUGAUUGCGAUUUUUGUUGUUUUCGUAUACUUUUAGGCAUUUUCGAUUUUUUGGAAGCAUUUUGAAAAUUAAAAACAAUUAGACCAAGUCGUCGACCCGGUCAUGAUGAUGACAAAAUUUUCGAGAAAAAAUUAAUUUUCGAAAUGCUUCAAAAACAUCGACAAACCAAUUUUUUUCUCCAUGAAGGAGAGGUGCUUAAUUUUUGGUCCCAACGUGAAAUAUACUCAAAAAGAUGCGAGAAAUCGAAUGGCGUUGAGUCUGAGUCGCUAUCAUUUUUUUGAAAUUAGUUACAGUUUUGACCUAUUUUGGUACUGCGAUCGGACUAGGGACCACGGAGCCGGACCAAAACUUGUCUGAUGUAUCACUGUUAUGUAAGUACCCAUUGGGUAUAAUAUGGGACAAAUUGAAGCAUUCUGAAUUUUUUAGUGACCUCGUGUAAUUAGCGGAUUUCGAGGUUCUCAGUCCUUGCUUUUUUCAAUUAAUUCAGUAAUGCACUUAUUAAAUGCACUUAUGACCCCGAUGAAACAGAAACUUUCAGAUAUUCGACCUAGAAGCAGACGUUCGCUACUGGGAAUAUCACAAAAACGAGAUUUAUGAAAAAGUGGUGAAGGCAGAAGCAGUUGGAGAAGAAAGAAGGAAUGCGGAGAAGGAGCUGAAUGAGUUGGAGGCGAAAAUCGAAAGUGUGCAGAAUGGAAUGCUCCUUCUCGGCUCUGAGCACACCAAGGAAGUGGACAAUAUCCGGAGCAACACUUUGCCGUUGACGGAGCACAAUCACAUUGUGAGUCAGAACAUUUUUGAGUGAAAAUCUCAACCCGAUGAAACCGAAAUCCUACCGGUUUUCAGGUCUUCGAACUCGAAGACGUCAUUAGGAAUAGCAGAGCAAGCAUUGAGCACUUGCAAUUGAAGCGUCAAAUCGACGAAUUCAACGGAAACGUUCUGGAACCCUUCAAGAAGCACGUCGAGAUGGAAAACGGGGAGAAGGAACGGCUUCAGACGGAACUGAGAGGCUUGAAAGCGGAAAAAAGUGCAUUCAAAGUGUUGACAAUUGGCACAGUUGUUCUCCUCAUUGCAUUUCUGCUCAAAAGUGUUGUGGACAUGACAAUUAUCUAA